AUGCGGCUGACGGACAUGCCCAUCUCCAAUGGGGAUGCCGGGCCUUGCCAUCACGUGUGCGGGAGCUCUCCGGCCAGUCGGGUGCUGAAACCGCGGACGGACGUGGGGCGGAAGCGGGAGCGACGUAACGGGCAGCCGGCUCCCGGCCCUCGGCAGCGCCGCCAGAGCAGCCACCGGCCACCCCCCUCGGCAGCGGCCGCCCGCCCGCAAAACACCCUCCUCCAAGACGGGUUCGGAGAUGGCGGGAGCGGUGCUUUUCUGCGUGGCAGGCUGAUCAUCCGGAAUGGAAUUGCGCCAGGAGGACCAGCCAUCUUCCACUCGGAUAUCGAUGACAUUCCUGAGGGUGGGAUCGUCAGUGACUCCCGGGAGAUCUUCGUGGAGCUGGUAUCCGAGAACUCAGCACUGCCACUUGUCCUGGCUUUGCGAUAUGAGGCCUUUGAGCGAGACCACUGCUAUGAACCAUUUGUUGCCCAUGGGAACUUCACCUCCAGCAUCCCUUCGUUCGAGGUGGGUUCCAUCGUCAACUUCUCUUGCCUCCCUGGUUAUGCCCUGGAGCAGGGAGCAGGGGCUAUUGAGUGUAUUGACCCCCAGGAUCCCCACUGGAACAGCAGUGAGCCCAUCUGUCGAGCGACCUGCGGAGGGGACAUGUCCGAGGUCUCUGGAGUGAUCUUCUCACCAGAAUGGCCCGAGGUUUACGGCAGGAACCAGGACUGUGUGUGGACCUUGCACGUCAGAGAGGACCGGCGGAUGGUCAUCGAUGUGGAGAUCCUGAACAUCCGGCGGAACGACAUCCUGUCGGUGUUUGACGGGCCAGACCUCAACUCGCGGGUGCUGGGCCAGUACCUGGGGCAGAGGCAGCGGUUCAAGCUGUUCAGCACCUCUUGCCACGCCACCAUCCAGUUCCAGUCCGACAGCCGGCAGCCGGCCCUGGGAGAGACCCAGGGCUUCAUCAUCCACUUCGCUGAGAUGCUCCGAAAUGACACCUGCCCCACCCUGGGCCCCAUCCCGCACGGCUGGAAGUCCCUGUCCCAUUCCAGCCUGGUCCGUGGAACAGUGGUGACCUAUCAGUGCGAGCCUGGCUAUGACAUCGUCGGCGCUGACAUCCUCAUGUGCCAAUGGGAUCUUUCCUGGAGCAACCCGCCCCCUUCUUGUCAGAAAGUGCUGUCCUGCCCAGAUCCCGGCGAGGUUCCCCACGGACUGCGCCUCACCCCAGGUUUGCGUUUCCCGGUGGGCUCCCGAGUACAGUAUGCGUGUGAGGAGGGUCACUCACUGGAGGGCAGCACCACCCUCACCUGCCUCGGCCGCAAUGCUCUGCGUCCGAAAUGGAGUGCGCCCCCACCCAAGUGUGUCUUGACACACCAGCCCUGCCUGAACCCUGGCGUCCCUGACAACGGCUACCUGACACUCUACAAGCAGCAUUACCGACCCGGAGAGACCCUCCACUUCUUCUGUUACGAAGGCUUUGAGCUGGUUGGCCAGGCAAGCAUCACCUGCCUCUCUGGCCGCCCCUCCCACUGGAGCAGCCCCUCUCCCUUCUGCAAAGUCACCUAUGAAGGAUUGUAUGAUGCCCAUAACCUGCAAGUGUCUAAGGCGAGUGGCCCCUCCCACCAGGUGGUGGGUGGACACAUUGUGCUGGCCAUCAUCCUGCCAAUCAUCCUGGUCAUCCUCCUGAUUGGUGGGAUCUACCUCUACUACACCAAGUUCCAAGGAAAAUCGUUCUUCCGGAACCCACUCUCCAAAUCCCACUCGUACAGCCCCAUCACCGUCGAAUCGGACUUCAACAAUCCCCUGUUUGAGGCAGGAGAGACCCGUGAAUAUGAGGUUUCGAUCUAACCCAUCGCCUCAUUUGCUGCGUCAUCAACGUGAAUCACCAUCGUCUCUCUGAGCCUCGUCUCACUGCCUGCUCAGUCUGGCCCCCACUCUAUCUCCACCCUUCUUC